AUGCGUCGUAUCGUUGUAGACGCAGAAGACCCAGGAGAGCCUACCCGGGAUCAUCCUACACAACAUCCCCCGAAGCUGUGUGAAGCAAACGAGACGAAAGUUCGUCCGAAAAGUUCUGGCGGGGAAGAUGGAAACAUCUUUUUUCCGAAUUUUCUUCACGCGGGAGAUCAUGUUCAUCUUGGCCCCGGGGUUACUGGACAGCGGGUUACCAAUCCUGCGAUUAAUCUCCAUGAUAUCCCUCCUGUACAUCUUAUCCUUCUUUCACACUACCAUGCGUAUGAUAUCACUCUUCAGCAACUUGUGUUUGACAAGCAAGUCGGAGCUAACCUGACUGUAUUCGGACAAAGCGACCACUUUGACCAAAAGGUUGAAGAUUCCCUUACUCGUGAUAUACCCAUUAUUACAACUCCUCAUGCCAAAGGCUGUCUCGAGUCCAAGGGUAAAGACUCAUUUACCCAAGUAGAGGGCCUAGAUACAUACCAAAGCAUAUUGGUGGAAAUCAAGUCCAAAGAAUCAGCCAACACAAAGGAGCCAGCAAUCAAGAUAACCGCUAUGCCUGGGAAGCACAUCCCUCCUGGCCCGUUGUCGAUUGCCAAUGAUAUCCUUCAUGCUGUUCCGCCAACAAAUGGAUGGAUGGUCGAAUUAGGUCAUACAACCCAAUAUCACCAUGCGGAAGGGGAUUUCGAAACAAACUACAGAAUCUAUAUCUCCGGCGACACCUUGAUGUGUGAUGAGCUGAAGGAGAUCCCCAAGAUCUAUGCUGAUCAGAAAAUAGACUUGAUGCUUAUCCACCUUGGAGGCACAACUAUCCCAUCUCCGCAUAUACCAUUACUAAUGGUGACUAUGGAUGCGAAGCAAGGAAUAGAGUUAUUGAAGUUGAUUCGUCCAGAUGUCACUAUUCCGAUCCAUUACGAUGACUAUGAUGUGUUUCUGUCGCCACUAAUGGACUUUCAGAAAGCAGUUGAGGACGCUGGAUUAAGUAACAAAGUGGUAUACCUGGACCGCAAGGAUCAGUAUAAAUUCAAAACCACUUGGAGCCACUAG